AUUAUUACCAAAUUCGAAAUGAAGAUCAGUUUUAAGAAAUUACAAAAAAUCUUUAUAGGCCCUCAGGACUUCUCAAAGAAGAACUCACCCUAUUCCUAUCUAAGGAAGCGACUCGUGACUUGAGGAAGGGAGAGGGCUUGGAACAAAAACUUCAUGGAAAGGAAAAGUAGUUCACGGCGGAAAAAACCAUUCAAAAAUCAGAACAAUUUUUUCAUUUUUUCAGGGCAGAAGGUAAGCAAGUUGAAGUUGGAUUCUUCUUCUUAAAAGAUUGCACUUUCAGUCAGGUGCUUUUUCCGGAGGCUGGCGAUUAUACGCUUUUUAAUGGGUGUGAUGGAACUAAGAUCAAAAUACUGAAGGGAGAAAGGGAAAAAUAGAGAGAGAUGGCGAGAUUUUCGGUAGAUGGAGAAGCAGACGAAGGGCCAAGCAGUCCGAGGCGUAAGAGACGGAGAAGCCAAAAUUCUCAACAACAAGCUUCUUGGCGUCAACCCCAAGAAGUUGUUCAAGAUGAAGAAAUAUUGGAGGAUGAAAGUGAUAAUGAUGAUGAUGAUAAUGAUGAAGAAGAAGAAGAAUCGUCUGAAGAGGAAGAAGAGGAUGAUGAUGAUGAUGAAGAAGAUGAAGCAGAGGGACUAGAUGAAAAUACCCAGAUGGCAAUUGUGGAACCGCCCAGAUCUUCAAACCCUGUGGGAACUGCAAGAAAUGCAGCAAUAUGUGUCACCUUAACUGACCCGGAAGUUCUUGAUUGCCCUAUCUGCUAUGAAUGCUUGUCAAUUCCUGUUUUUCAGUGUGAGAAUGGGCAUACAGCUUGCUCUUCCUGCUGCAGAAAACUUGCACAUAAAUGUCCUUCCUGCUCUUUGCCAAUUGGCUAUAAUCGCUGUCGGGCGAUUGAGAAGGUUCUUGAAUCAGUUAAACUACCUUGCCACAAUCUGAAGUACGGGUGCAAAGAAAUGGUUAGCUACAGCAAGAAACUUGACCAUGAUAAGAUCUGCAACAAUACACCGUGUUCAUGCCCCCUAUCAGGUUGCAGUUUUGUUGGCUCAUCUAGACAGUUAUACCAACAUUUUAGCAUUAAACACAAGGGUUCUGCGGCACCAUUCCGAUAUAACAUUACCUUUCCUGUAUUUUUUACCCUUAAUGACAAAUCCCUUAUUCUUCAAGAAGAGAAAGAAGGUGUUGUAUUUUUUCUGAAGAAUACAGCAGAAAUCCUUGGAAAUGUGAUUACUGUAAAUUGUCUAGGGGGCCCCUCAUCAAAAGGAGGAUACUUUUACGAGCUUGCAGCAAGAAUGGAGGGAAGCAACCUCAAAUUUCAAUCUUUUACAAAGAAUAUCCAAAAGGUUAAUCAUGAUGAUCCUCAUUCAGAUACGUUCCUUAUAAUUCCAGGUAGUUUCUUUGGUUCUUAUGGGCAGAUCAGCUUGGAUCUCUGCAUAUGGCGCCACGGUACGUAUCCUAAGGAAAUCCGAAGUAGUGGCAUGAAUAUCCAAAGAAGCACAGGUGCAAAGCCCUAAGAAAUACUAGUGCUGUUUAAUGUAAUUAUUAAUAUCUAUUGACAUGUAUUUUGGAAAAAAUUUCUCUAUACGGUACAUUAGGCUCAAAUCUUGUACAAAGGCUUAGUAUUGUGCAUUCUCAGUGCUGCCUCAGUUUUCUAUUCAAUGUUUAGUUGAUUUUCCUCCUAA